ACCACGGGAUUCUAAAAUGAAAUUGCUUCUUUUUUAUUCCUGACAUGGAUAAUGUUUGGUUUAAUAAUAUGUUUAUUUUACAAAGUUUGUUUAUAUACAUAGAACUAAGAAUAUAUACCUUGGAUGCGUAACAACAUUCUUAAAUCUUGUUGAAGAGGAAAGAAAUUUCUGUUGCUUGUCACAAAAGAAAUUCCUUGCAUAUUCAAUGGAAUUCAUCAUGCAAAAAGUUUGGCAAUUCUAUGUGCAAGAAACCAUAAAGUAAAGUUCCUUUCUUUGUAUUCUCUCUCAAGAAAAGUAUUCAUCGCGUAUUUAAAUUUUGAUUGAACAGAACUAGAAAAAGUGAAUAAUAACAAUGCAAGGGAUUUACCGGAUACUGAAACCUCGCUGCAACCCUAGAAGGGCUGCGAUAUUUCAACAAUUCCACGGGAAUGGAAUCUUUAACCUGAACAAAAUAUCUUCAGGGUUUGGAUUUAUCACAUCCUCUCCAUCCAUGCAGCAGAAAGGGUUGGAGAAUGUGACAGUGUCAGAGGUGCUAAUGACAAAGGGGGAAGAAAAAGUGGGUUCCUGGCUUUGGUGUAGAGUUGAUGAUGUUGUUAUUAAUGCAAUGAGGAAUAUGGCUGAAAAUGAUAUUGGAUCAUUGGUGGUACUGAAGCAAGAGGGCCAGGACAUAGCUGGCAUUGUCACAGAACGAGAUUGCUUAAAGAAAAUAGUUGCACAAGGAAGAUCACCGUUAUACACACGAGUCGGUCAAAUAAUGACUAAUGAGAAUGACCUGGUAACUGUGACCUCCGACACAAACAUUCUAAGAGCAAUGAGACUAAUGUUAGAUAAUCGCAUUCGGCAUGUUCCAGUUAUAGAUGGGAAAAUAGUUGGUAUGAUUUCAAUUGUAGAUGUUGUGCGAGCUGUGACAGAGCAACAAGAUGGAGAAUUGAAGAGACUCGGUGAUUAUAUUAGAGGAGAAUACUACUAACUUACUAAGUCCGCAAAAGGAUUCAACCUUAUGUACUAAUUUAAAAACCAAAAUUUAUUUCACUAUAUUACUACUAAUUUAUAUCCAUUUCACUAAUAGUGAAUGAGAAAUGCUUCUUCCAA